CUCCCAUCAGUCCUUGCGCCUAAUAUUUAGCUCACUAUUCAAAAUGGCAGCGGAGUAAGCAGUAAAAGGCUUCAAGUGAACUUAUUCCAAAAUGUUUAAACAUUGAACAAACCCAGUGAAUGGGCUUCAGGCUAACACAUCUGAAAGUCUGUUAAAUGCGUACAACCAACUGCGUUUGAUCUUUGCAGUGAUAUGGUUAAUAUCCCAGCCAAAUCCUUCCUGAGUCAGCUGUAAAAAAUGUCAGAAUCUCAGGAGACGAAGAACUCUGAGGAUCUCUCUCAGCAACCACAACAACAACAACAACAACAACAACCAGUUCCACUGAAGGAAAAUGGUCAGCAAAUUGCCAAUAAUAUCUCCAAGACAUCCAGCGUAACCACGGUUGCUACGGUUGCCAGUUGUGAUAAUGAGGAAGAAAUGGAAGUGGAAGAAGAAGGCGCAGAGGAGGAAGGGGAGGAGGGUGAAGCUGUUCCAACUGAUGAAGAACGACUAGAGAAAGUGGCGCCGGUGCCACCGAACCCUUUGAAAUCUGAGAAUUCUCUUGACAACAGCUCGAGCACCGGUGUGAUGGCCGGUGCCACAUCCGUCGUUAUAGAUCCUGAGACACAAGUGACAUACGUCACCCCUUCCUUGGCCAACGCUUCAGCUGAAAACUUGACGUGUCCCUCGGUGGACAUCACUUCAUCGUCUGUCGUCUCCAUCGGCGGAGGCGACAAACCUGGAAAGCAAAUUUUGGCAAAUGCUCGAGUUAUCGAAUCAGCCGACAACAGCAAAAACAGCAGCAGCAGCAACAACAACAACAAGAAUAACGAGGUGGUGGUCGACACAAAAAUUGUUACCGAAUCUGUGACUACGAAGCUGCCUGCUAAAAUGGCAAUCCUUGAUUCAUCAGAAAGUUCCGUUACUGCCACUGCAACUGCUGCCGAUUCUUCAUCUGGAAAUUCGGUGAUUCUCAACCAAGUGACUUCAGAUGAUUCUACAACUGGUGGCACUACACCAGCAGAGGUGGCGCCAGCUGUACAUUCUUCCCAUGGUGACCAUGAAUCCUCCCCGCCGCCACCACCACAACAGCAAACACCACUGCCACGCCAACAAAAACAACAACAGCAACAACAACAACCAGCCGAAUCUAGUUCCCCAGACAACAACAACAACAACAACAACAACAUCAGCAGCAGCGGCAACGACGGCAACAGCCCAGAUGACAGCAGCACUCUCAAUAGCAAAGAUGGCGCUACAACCAACCAAACCGCGUCCCCUGAUGCGGUACCACGCAGUGGAAAGCAAUGCGAGCAUCAGAGCAUGGCAUCCGGCGCAACCAGCACAGCUACAAGCACGACCACCACCACGUUUUCAUCGUGUAGCACGGGUAGCCCACCCUUGACCAACAAUAACAGCAACAACAGUGGCUACAACAGUACUAACACACCAGGAGCACAACAUGUUGUUCUCGUACAUAUCCAGCCUGGGGAGAUUUUUGCAGUUCGAGUAGGAGACCAAGUCCAGCACAUUUCAGGUCCUGCCACAGUACGGAUGGUCUCCAAUAGUGGUCCACCGUUACCCAUGCCUAUGCAAGUGGCUCCUGGUCAUAUGGUACAGCAGAUCGUCGAUGAGCAUGGCAUACUGACCAAUGUGAUAUUAGCUCCUCAGAUGCCAGGGAUGGCCCCAGGAAGUCCCAUGACGGGUGGACCAAACAAUGCUGCACAGUAUUACAGCCCCUUCAACUCACAUUACCAAACACAGCCCCACCCACAGUACAACCCCCCUCAUCACCAUGGUCACCAUGCAGGACCAGCACACUUGCACCCAGGUGUCCCCAGCAGCCCUCACAUGCAUGGGCCACCCCCGUCGCAUUCCUGCAACAAUCUCACACCAUCUGUACUUCCAACAGGACCAAGUCCUCCUCUAAACUCUGAAGAAAGAAUUCGGCAGAGAUCUUGGUACAAGAAAUGUCGAAAGACAGAGGAAGGGAACUAUUACAGGCAGCCACCUCGUCGGAACAAGAACAACAAAACUAACAACAAUUCAGUGAACAUCUCUGUCAAUGGAGACAUUCAUCACCAGAAUAACAUGGCUAACACACCAACAGCAGCGUCCACCACUGAAAACGGGGCUGAAUUAGAGGUAGAGAGGAAAUUCUUUCAGCAAAUGUCCAAUAUUCCUGAGCCAAAGGUAAAAGAAGUGGAACCAAGAAGUGCCUCACUAAUAAUGGCACCUCCAGACUUUGACCAAAGUGAGUUUGAGAUGUCCACAGUUCAUGUCGAGCUUCAGUUAUCAGAGAAAGGCCGAGAUAAAUACAGAACAGUAUACAGUGGUCCAUUUCAAGAGAUUACAUUGAAGAAUCUAAAACCAGCAACUGAAUAUAGCUUAAGAGCUUGUUCCCGAUUUGAAGAACUAAAGGGGAGCAUGACUGAACCGGUCAUCUUUAAAACUUUAUGUUGUGUACCAGACCAGCCGCAACAUCCAAAAUUAGCCAACAAAACUAAAAACAGUUUAUUAUUAAAGUGGAAUGCUGCCUGUGAAAAUGGUUCAAAAAUAUCAACAUAUUCAUUAGAAUAUGAUAAGGGCUUAAACAAUGGAGAAUUCUAUGAAGUGUACAGUGGUUUAGUGAAACAGCAUCGUAUUAACUAUUUACAGGCUGGCACCAAGUAUACUUUCCGGUUAGCUGCUAUUAAUAGCAUUGGCAAAAGCCUUUUUAGUGAACUGACAAGUUAUUGCACAAGUGGGACUGUUCCACCUCAACCUGAUCCCCCUACAAUCACCACAAGUCAGAUUAAUUCCUUAAACCUCUCCUGGGUGAAACGACAAAGUGACGAGACUUUUACUUUACAAAUGGAAGAUGAGACAACUGGACACGGUUUCCUUGUAGUCUACAAUGGUCCAAACUGUAGCUAUAAAGUGCCAAAUUUACAACGGAACACUGACUACAGAUUCAGGUUAUCAGCCAAAAAUGAGGAGGGUCCUAGCAAAUGGAGUGAAAUAGUCACCUACCAGACCCUUCCAGGACCCCCAGGUAUACCAAGUAAAGUUCAGGUGAAGGGCAAAAUCCAUGCACAUCACUUCAAAGUGACAUGGGAUCCCCCCAAGGAUACAGGAGGCACUAAAGUGUUUAAUUACCAUGUGGAAAUGGAUGAUGGUGAAGGUUUCCGAAAUAUUUAUAACGGGGCUGAACUGGAAUGUUCCUGUGACGGUUUGAUCCCUGGAAGUACAUACAAUGUCCACGUAGCGUGUUCGGGACCAGGAGGUAAAAGUGAUUUUUCAGAUUCUAUAUCAGUAACAACACCAGCUGUGAUUCCAGGGCAAAGCCAACCUCCCAAACUUCAGGGUAAACCAAAAGCUACUUCUCUACAUUUACGAUGGGGUCCUCCAGUCUCUGAUGGAGGUUCCCCUAUCACAGAAUAUAUUGUCCAAAUGGUGUCUCCAGACAACACAACCAGAGAAGUGUACAAAGGCAGGGAUACAGACUGUGUGGUUGCUGGCCUUCUGCCAGGACGACCAUAUCUAUUCCAAGUGAAGUGUUCAAACAAAAUUGGGGCUGGACCCUGGUCUGAAUCUUGUGAAGUUGUUAGCGGUCCUGGUGUACCCGAUGCUCCAAAGUGUCCGACAGUCAACUGGAAGUCUCCACACUGUAUCCAACUUAGUUGGGAAAAACCUGUCAACAAUGGUGCUACUAUCACAGACUACCGUUUAGAAUGGCAACAGAAGACUAAUCUAGAUUUCACACAGCUUUAUGUUGGACCCCAACGGAAAUAUGAAAUCAAAAACCUUCUUCCUGCGACCAAUUAUAGCUUUAAAGUUUCGGCCAUAAAUAGUGCUGGGGCUGGUCCUUUCAGUUCAGUGUGUCGGUGCCAAACACAACCUUCUAGUCCUGCAGCUGUGGUACACUGCAAAGUGCAGACGACAGCAACGGAUGCCCUGUUGAAAUGGGAAGAACCCCACAACAAUGGCAGUGAGAUACUCUCCUACAACAUAGACACAGGCGACAAACAGCUGAUAAAUAUUACUGAUGCUACAGAAUACAGGCUUGAACACCUCUCACCUGACACUGUGUACAGAAUUAAAAUCCAAGCUGUCAAUGCAAUCGGGCCCGGUGCCUUCAGUUUUGCCAUCAAGGUGAUAACAAAAUCCCUGCCCCCUGAACCACCCUCCCUCGAGUGCGUCAGUGCAGCCCCGAACAGCCUUAAACUAAAGUGGGGUGAUGGCCGCAACCCUGAUUUGAUCCAGUACCAGCUGGAGAUUGGCAGGGACGAUAAACAUUUCCAGACUGUCUACUAUGGCUCAGCCCAUGUCUACAAGGUAAACAGACUCUCCGAACUAACUUCCUAUGAUUUCCGGAUUUUUGCCAUCAACGAUGCUGGUUGUGGUGAAUACUCCAACCUCUUCAAGUUCAGCACAACCAAAGCUCCACCACCGCCACUCAGAGCCCCAAAAGUCAGUGAAAUCACAGUAAACAGCUGUCAGGUGGAAUGGCAAGGCUGCAAGUCUAUGGGUGCCGAUAGUGUCAUUUACCAAUUACAGAUUCUGUGUAUCAGUAGAGGAGAACAUGAAUACAAAUCGGUUUACCGAGGCACCGAAACUAGUUUUAAUGUACAGAACCUU